AUGCUUGUAGCUGUUGAUACAUCGUCAUGUUCAAUUACAAAAAAUACAAAUAAUCAACAACAGCAGCAAUUACCGGAUGAAAAUCAUAAUCAACGACGACGAAAAGGUGGUUAUGCUGGUGAAACAUAUGCAAGUACCGUACGAAGGCAUUUAACAUAUGCAUCGAUGGCACAUCGAUUAGAAUCAGUAAAGAAACCAACUCUGAAAAGUAUUUCAUCUUCUGCUACUGUAAAAAGUAAACAAAUAUAA